AUGGGAAAGAAGCAUAAAAAGCACAAGUCGGAGAAACACGCAUAUGAAGAGUACGUGGAGAAGCCGCUGAAGCUAGUUUUGAAAGUAGCAGGAAACGAAGUGACUGAACUCUCCACUGGAAGCUCUAGCCAUGACAACAUCUACGAAGAUAAGACAGAUUAUGAUAAACACAAGGACAAGAAAAAGAAGAAGAAAAAGAAGGGAGAAAAGGAAAGAAACAGUCCCGUGCAAUCGGGAGAUGAGAAGAAAAAGAAAAAGACGACUAAAAAGAAGAAGGGACAGGAUUCCAUGGACACCGAUUGGGAUGACAGGGAGCGAAGUCACACCCCUAUUCGGUCAGAUCUGUCCCAGGACAAGCACCUCACUCCAUCCAUAGCCAAAAUGGACGAAAAGGAACAGACUCCACUGCAGGAGGCUCUAAACCAGCUCAUCAGGCAGCUUCAGAGGAAAGACCCCAAUGCUUUCUUCGCCUUCCCCGUCACCGACUUCAUCGCCCCGGGAUACUCCCUGAUCAUCAAGCGGCCCAUGGACUUCAGCACCAUGAAGGACAAAGUGAAGAAAGAGUACUACCAGGCACUGGAGGAGCUGAAGGCGGAUUUUAAGAUCAUGUGCGAGAACGCGAUGAUCUACAAUAAACCUGAGACCAUUUACUACAAGGCAGCAAAGAAGCUUCUCCACUCCGGCAUGAAAAUACUAAGUCCGGAGAGGCUGCAGAGCCUGAGGCAGAGCAUCGAGUUCAUGGCCGACGUGGAGAGCACCACCAAGGAGCAGGGGGAGGCGGAGAAGGAGGACGGCGCCGGCCCGGAACGUUCCGCAGACGCGCCGGUGCCCGCGGACCCGGGCGAGGCGAUGCAGUCGCCCCGGAGGAUCAGCAAGGACACGCCCAGACAGGACCGGGACUCUAAGGACGAGGCUCUGAAGGCUGCGUCUCAGGCAGAGAAGGAGCUGGAGCAGAUCAGGAAGAUCAUCGAGGACUCGGGAGGGAAGCUCUCCAACAGGGAUGUUCUCAGUGAGCUGGAGUUUGAUCGUCGGAAGCCAGACGGGACGACCAGCCUGGGCAUACUGAACGCGGCCGACCUGAGCGCGGGAGACUCGGGGUACUGCCCCGUGAAGCUGGGCAUGAUGAUGGGUCGCCUGCAGACGGGCAUCAACACGCUGCAGGGCUUCAAGGAGGACAAGCGGAACAAGGUCACGCCCGUGUCGUACAUGAACUACGGACCAUACAGCUCCUACGCUCCAGUCUACGACUCCAGCUUCGCCAACAUCAGUAAGGAGGAUUCGGACCUGAUCUACUCCAACUACGGGGACGAGUCCAGCCUACAGGGACAAGAAAGCCUCCCAGAAUUCCUCACAAAGACGGACGAAUACAUGGACACGCUGGCGGACAACAUGUUGGACACGCUGACCGGCGGGGAGCACUCCAGGAGUCUGAAGGAGAUGGAAACUGAGCCUCAGAGCAGCCAGAGCGAGGAGGAGGUGCCGGAGGAAUCCGAGCCAGCGCAGGACGUGGAGAUAAUUCAGCCUGAAUCCAGCAGCAAGACCAGCCUGACCUCCCUUAGCUCUGUGACUGGGUUAGGGCUGGACCUGGAGCCGGAGACGUUACCCACGGAAGAGGCCAGGCAGUUCCAGCAGAAGCUGGACGAGACCACCGUGCUGCUGAGGGAGCUGCAGGAGGUCCAGAACGAGCGCCUGAGCACCAAACCACCGCCCAACAUCAUCUGCCUGCUGGCCCCCAGCGCCAGGGAGCUGCAGCUAGCUGAGAAGGUGACGGAAAACCUGGCCCAUCUGGCCAGUCAGGUGAACCCCGGUGACAUCAGCAGUGUGUACGGAAUCCGGAAGGCCAUGGGGAUCUCCUUGCCAGAGGGGCUGCAGGAGGACAGUGUGGUAGACCUCACUACAGUAGCAGAAUCCCUGGAGCCAGAGGACGCCCUGCCUGAGAAUCAAGAGGAAGUUCCGGUCUUAGUAGUGUAAAUGCCUACACGGCUUCACUGGGACUCAAACCACAGUCCUGGUGGUAGCAGUGUAAAUGCUUUACUGGGACUCAAACCAGUCCCAGUGGCAGCAGUGCAAAUGCUUUACUGGGACUCAAACCACAGUCCCAGUGGUAGCAGUGUAAAUGCUUUACUGGGACUCAAACCAGUCCUGGUGUUAGCAGUGUAAAUGCUUUACUGGGACUCAAACCAGUCCUGGUGUUAGCAGUGUAAAUGGCUUUACUGGGACUCAGACCACAGUCCUGGUGUUAGCAGUAUAAAUGCUUUACUGGGACUCAAACCACAGUCCUGGUGUUAACAGUGUAAAUGCUUUACUGGGACUCUGCAGAUGUUGUACAGAAGGUGUUUUUUUUUGAUUGAAGUUUGUAUGAGUUUUUCACAAUAAACCUCUUUUUUUUCUAAUA